CUCGGGACCAGUCCUCUGCCCUCGGUCGCGCUGUGUGUUUCUCACAGUCUCUGUCCUGUCAUGUAGCUCUCUCUCUCUUUCCUUCCCUCUCCCUCUCUCUCUCUCUCUCCUCUUCUCUUACCCCCCGACACUCCGGUGGCUGAGCUGAGGCAGCAAUGCCGGAGUUGGGAGUGUGGGCUCGGGCGCCGCUGCUGCUGUUGCCGCUGUUGUCCCCCCUGGUCCUGGGCGUCGAUUGGCAGCCCUGCAGGGCCGCCCCCCCCUCCCUGAGGAUACACACUCGCUGCACCUCCUGUGCCGUCAGCCACAGUGUCUUGUGUUCCAAAGGCUUUCACAGGAUCAGCAGUGGGAUCGGGAUCCAAGACUGCAGCUUCACUGUGGACAUGGGUGGUGGGGAACGUGUCACACAGAAAGGCUGCCGACACCUCUGCGUCAAGACUUUAAACCAAUUUGAGUGUUGCAAACAAUACUGGGGCCCCACGUGUCAGAAUUGCCCAGGCGGACCUGACAACUCCUGCAAUCGCCACGGCAUCUGUUUAGAUGGGAUCACGGGGAACGGGAGAUGUGUGUGUGAGGCCAGGUACAAGGGCUUCGCAUGUGAAGAAUGUGUGGACGAGACAGCGUCUGGGCCUGACUGUGUUCCAGCUGCCUGUGAGGGCCCGAACUGUCCAAAUAGGACUGUGUGCGUGACUGGAGAGAAGAGGCAAGAAUGUCAGGAGCGGUGCGGACCUGGGGUGUGUGACAGGAAUGCCGAGUGCGAGCUCUUUGGGGAGGGACACAGAUGUACCUGCCGUCGUGGCUUCCUGGGGGACGGGAGUGUGUGUUUGCCCCUGAACCCCUGCAGUGUGAACAACGGCGGCUGUCCCCAGAACUCCACCACCUGCCAGUUUGAUGGGCAAAACCAGGCACAGUAUCAUUCUGUCAAGGCUUCACUAUGCUAA